AUGGUUGAAAGAGGCAGCGUGGUACUGGCGCAUCUGAAAGUUUCACCACUGGAAUUUGUUUUAUUUGCACCACAGCAACAUAUCUGCUGUUUGAUUAUUUUCUCACCCAGUAUUCAAAAGUCAUCUCUACGAGUUUCAUGGGUUGAAAGAACACUUUGUUGUAGACGGGAAAUCGUCCCUGGCGAUGAGAAGAUCGAAAGGCAGCUGGUUGGUGUUGGUGAUGAAGUUGGACUAAAGAAGAUGAUCGAGUCAGACGAAGAGACGGAUAGCGAGGAAGAAGACCUGACGAAGAAAUUACUGAACUCGGAGAGCGAAAGAAAAAAAGAGCAUCUGGAUAUUGAAGAAAGAGAUUCCUCUGGAUCUGACACCGAUGAUCCAGAUAAGGAGAAGAUUGACUCAGUUGUUUUUAUGCCGAAGAAAGAUGUCGUAAAUAAUGGAGAACCCAGUGGAAGCGGAAUGGGCAAAAAGCGGCCAGCAGAACCGGAGACUUCUGGAACUGACGGGGCCGAUGACGCGAAGAGACCAAAACUGGAAGCGCCACUAGUACAAGAGGGAUUAAAUGAGGAGACAGUUCGCAAAUACCUGCGUCGUAAGCCUCACACAACGAAGGAGCUGCUUGCUAAGAUAAAGCAGAAAUGUGGUGAUAUGACGAAGGCGGAGAUUGUGACAAAGCUGGCUGCCAUAUUGAAGGCUAUCGAACCGCAUCAAUUCAAGCAGAAGCAGGGCAAGAAAGACGUGCUUUUCUUCUCGUUGACGAAUACGUUGGCAUAG